GCGGCGCCGGUGCGGGCUGAAGCUGAGGCUCGGGCGGCGGCGGCGGCCCAGCAGAGCCACGGCCGUGGGUAGCGGUCUCGGCCUGUCCGGCCUCCCUCCGCCACCUCGCAAAGUUCUUCGACGCGGUUUGGGGUCCAGCGGACGCCGUCCCUGGCCAUGGACUCCCAGAAAGAAGCUCUGCAAAGGAUCAUUUCAACUCUGGCAAAUAAAAAUGACGAAAUUCAGAACUUUAUUGAUACACUAAACCAAACACUGAAAGGAGUUCAGGAAAAUUCUUCUAACAUACUUUCAGAAUUAGAUGAAGAAUUUGACAGUUUAUACUCCAUAUUGGAUGAGGUAAAGGAAAGUAUGAUUAACAGUAUCAAGCAGGAACAAGCACGUAAAUCACAAGAGUUACAGAGUCAACUUAGUCAAUGUAAUAAUGCCCUGGAGAACUCGGAAGAACUACUGGAAUUUGCAACAAGAUCAUUAGAUAUAAAGGAACCUGAAGAAUUUUCAAAGGCUGCCAGACAGAUCAAGGAUAGAGUAACAAUGGCUUCAGCCUUUCGCCUUUCUUUGAAACCAAAGGUCAGUGACAACAUGACUCAUUUAAUGGUGGAUUUUUCUCAGGAAAGACAGAUAUUGCAGACUUUGAAGUUUUUGCCAGUCCCCAAAGCUCCAGAGAUAGAUCCAGUAGAAUGUUUGGUGGCCGACAACUCUGUGACAGUAGCUUGGAGAAUGCCAGAAGAAGAUAAUAAGAUUGAUCAUUUUAUAAUGGAAUAUAGGAAAACGAAUUUUGAUGGACUUCCGCGUGUAAAGGAUGAGCGAUGCUGGGAGAUAGUUGAUAAUAUUAAGGGCACUGAAUAUACACUGUCAGGUUUAAAGUUUGAUUCAAAGUACAUGAAUUUCAGAGUGCGAGCUUGUAACAAGGCUGUGGCUGGAGAGUUUUCUGAUCCAGUGACUCUGGAGACCAAAGCACUUAAUUUCAAUUUGGAUAACUCAUCCUCCCAUUUGAACCUGAAAGUUGAAGAUACCUGUGUAGAGUGGGAUCCUACUGGAGGAAAAGGUCAAGACAGUAAAAUUAAAGGAAAAGAGAACAAGGGCAGUGUCCAUGUUACUUCACUGAAGAAACAUUCAAGAAGUGGUACCCCAUCCCCUAAACGGACAUCUGUAGGCUCCAGGCCACCAGCAGUAAGAGGCAGCAGAGAUCGUUUUACGGGGGAAUCGUACACAGUGUUGGGAGACACUGCUAUUGAAAGUGGACAACAUUAUUGGGAGGUCAAGGCCCAGAAGGAUUGUAAAUCCUACAGUGUGGGAGUAGCAUACAAGACUUUGGGGAAAUUUGACCAAUUAGGAAAGACAAACACUAGUUGGUGUAUCCAUGUGAACAACUGGCUACAGAACACAUUUGCAGCAAAGCAUAAUAAUAAAGUCAAAGCCUUGGAUGUUGCUGUUCCUGAAAGAAUAGGUGUAUUUUGUGAUUUUGAUGGGGGUUUGGUGUGGCGGACUUUCUCUGAGUACUGGGAUGCAGGUUCCAAGUGCUGUGAGGACACUUCAGAAAAAUGAAAAUGGAAUGACUGGCUCCACUAGCAGCUUAAACAAUAUUGCUCAGUAAUGCCUACUCAGAAUAUGUUUAUCUUCCCCCACUCCUUUUUGAUUGGGUGGCCUUUUCCAUGCAGUUACUAAUCACAGCAGUUUACAAGUGGUGGGAGUCGGGUUUGCUGCCUUCUGCUCUAAGGUCUGGAAUCUGUUCGCAUCAGGCAUCUAGUGGGAAGCAGUCACAGGAGCCUGCUGUGUGGUGUCAGAGAAGCAAGCAGACAUCCAGCAAGAAACUGAUGUUUUGAAGAGUAAAUGGGAAAAAAAGGCAGUGUUUAAGUAGUUACAUAGAAACUCAUUUUUGUGAUUCUUAGAUUACUUUGACUAUUCUAAAAUGUUUAGUUACAUAUGGUAGCCCGAGGACCAGAGGGAAAAGCAUUUAAAUCUUCUUUCCUCUAUACGUUCCCUUUUUUUAAUGUCAUCACUAUUAUUUAAUUCUUACACUGAAGCUUUAAAACUGUACAGUCUUCAAUGGUUUUCUGAAAACUGAAAAAAUUGAUUGGGCAUGCUAGAAAGGUUUUCUUACAGUAGUUUUUUUUCCCCUUUUAUAAAUAAGUUGAGGUUUGCUAAAUUAUUGUCUUUUGUUUUUCAACUAGAUUGUGUAUCAUUUUCUUCUUUCCAAAUAUUGUGAUAUUUCUCUCAUGGUUAUAACUCAAAAUAGAGAGUGGAUAGGAAGUGUUUCUAGAUAUAAUAGCUUUUUUUUUUUUUUUUAAUUCUUUUUGGGGGCGCCAGGACCAACGAUCACCAGCUGCCCCAUUAGCAAAAAUUAUGCUUCCGAAAUCUCUUGAUGUCGAUUCCGCACGUAGAGCAAACGAGCUGCCCUACAUGUGCCACUCACGACAGAAGCCCUUUUUGAUAUAAUAGCUUUAAAUUGCCCAAAUUUCAGUUUUUUACCUGCUGCAAAGGGAUAUUCUUUAUACAUUACCUUGUUUAAUUAGACUUCUUUCCAUUAUUUUGAAUAAUGGGUAAGAUUUUUUAAAGCUUUAUAUUUUCUGAUUUUUUUGUCUAGUUUAAUAGAAUCUUUAAUAGUUUUGGUAAAAUUCCCACUUGAAUUUGGUGUAAUAACUGGUAAUACUUAUGCUUAUUUUUAACAUUUUUAGUAAGAUGAAACAUCAUUAAAGCUAUAUAGAAAGUAGAAAACGCUACCUAUUCAAGUUUUAUCUAUAAGGAAUAGGUUAUAGAGGGAGGUACCUAAAACUAUUCUUUACUGAAGUCAUCUAUAUCUGCUUUUUAAUAAGAUGGAAUGGUUAAAAACAAGAGUUUUGAAAAAACUAUGUAUCUCUGACUUAUUUGGCACAUGAAUUUUUCAGACAUACCUAUUCAGAGGUUAUUUUUCUCUCAGUCUUUUGCUACUUCAUUUGCUUUCUAAAGGGUCAUAAUGCUUCCAAAAAUCAACAUAGAGUGAUCUUUACCAUACAUAGGGAAGAUGUAUUAAACCAUGAGUAACACCCAUGAUUAUUGAGCAAAGCAUUUAUAUUUUUAAAGUUGAUUAAAAUUCGUAACAAGUUCUUUGAGCCAAAUUGGAAGUUGUCAUUACAGUAUUUAAGAAUUCCUUGAGCAUUUUCAAGAGGUCUGGGUUUGUAUAUUCCUUAAUUUUUGAAGCUGUUACUUUCUCACGUUGACUUUCUUCCAUUCAUAUUUUAAGUAUAUUGUCUUAUGAUACCUUCUCCCUAGAAGUGACCAUUGCUGUGUACAUUUGAGUUACUUUCUAUAGAAAGACCUGUGCGAUAGGAACAGCUCAUUCUCUCUUAAAGUUUAUUGCUUACUGAUGGGAUGUUUUGUUCUUUGUAAAACAAACCUAAUGAGUUUCAUUCAAACUGGGUAUUCAUUUUUCCAGAGGAGAGUCAUAUCUAUACUGUUGUCUGAUAACGUAUUUUAAAGACCAUAAGGCAGUUUAGUGUAUGACAUUGUCAAGUAGAUAUUGUUUUGAUUCUCCAAAUAAAUAUAAUUUUGAUUUUUGUUUUUCCUAGAGAUUUUGAAAGAAAUUUUUGGAUGUCCUGUUCUCUGUAGCAGGGUUAUUGCAGGACCUAAGGAAACAGGAAGUUAUAAUUCUCUUUCAUAAGAGUUAAACCUGAAAGCAGCAAGUUAGUGGUGGAGCUGCUUUAUGUGAACAGUCACGUAUAUUUUAACAAAAAUGACACUGAAAAAGCCAGAAGUUCUUGUAUAAAAACUUUUACUGUUAUGUCUGUAUAAUUAUAUCCUGUUUUUAAUUUUAAGUGCCUUCUUCCUCUAAGCAUGCUCUCGAUCCAUGCCCCAUGCAUUGUUAACUGAUAUUUAAACCAGAGACCAUUAUGUUAUACUGGUGAGGAGUUCUAUUGCAGGGGCAUGAGGAAAGGAAAAUACUAGUCAGGGGCUAGAGGAGUGCAUAUGAUUCUUGUGUGUGCUCAUCCCAUCAUUUGAAACCCUUUGUAUAAAAUAUUCUAGUAUCAUUUGGAAAAUUGAUUUGAAGUAAUACUGUUAUACUUCAAAAUAAGAAUCUGGGGUUUCCCUCUUACUGUGCUUCUUUUUUUUAUUUUGUUGUUACUGUGCUUCUUCUUAAAGGUCCCCCCCCUCCCCAAAAAACAGAAACAAAAUGUGUGGGCUUUUAGCUUAAUUCAUGUAAGUUUAUUUGUGUGAAGUUAAAUUGGAGGAAGUUCGUCACUCUCAUUUUCAAAUUAGAAAAUAAUCAACUAUAGUGCCUAUUUACAUAGUCUCAAAUUACGGUAACUGUUAACGUGACACAAUAUAUAACAUUCUCAUUAGCAUUGGAAUUAAAAAAUAGUGAGAUUUUUUGCUCAAUUGAAGACAUGAAAAGUUGGUAUACUCUUUAAAAUAUUUUUUUUUUUACUCUUUAUUUUGACAGGUCAAACAUGAUUGCUUUCUACAAAAGAAAUGCAUGAGAGGUUGAUGGUAGUGGAUAUACCACGGGUGUAAAAAAUUAUGUUUUAUAAAAAUAUACACUUAGUAUUGCCUUUCUCUUUUAGCAGUUGAAUCUCAAACCAGUUGUAGUAAACUGGAUAAAAAAUGAAGGAGUUGCCUUAAGCACUUUAGAAAAAAGAAUUUUUUUACAUUUCGUUUUGACUCUUUGGACUGACUGUGUCACAUACAUCUUUAACUUUUCAUGAAUAUGUACAUACCAAAUAUUUACUAACUAAAUGCACAUAGAAAUUUAAUAUACAGUAAUUCUUUGAAUGUUCCAGGUGUAGGUAGACAAUUUGAAAGUAUCAAAGGUGUGCCUGUCUGUCCAGGGGUUUAACUGAUGGCAUCUGUACUAUUUUGCCAGACCAUGGACUGCUGCUGGCCAGCUAGACUUCACCGAAUUUGUCCUGCGAUCGUUCUCCCCAUAUUGUCAUCUGAAGGGACAUACUGGCUUGGUUUUAUUUGCUCACUUAUGAAAUUAAAGUAUGCGCAGCAUUACAUAUAAUUUGAAUUUUUGUGCUGAUCCUCAGUGGUAUAAAGAAUAAAAUGAUUUAGUUAGGCUAAGAUACUCUUAUUUCAUGACUUACCCAGAAUGAUUAGUUUUCCUCCAUAUACUUUAAAUCACAUAAAAUUAUUAAGUUACUUAGUGUCUUUUGGAAACAUAUGGGGAAAAUUGGAAAAGGAUAUAUAUGAAAAAUGAUUAUUUCAAAGUAUUCAUUUUAGAAGAGACAGUGUAGACUUCCAUAAAAUAUGUGAAUCUGAGCUAAACAGACUAAGGACUGUAUUUAAAAAUCAUCAUGAUAAUUCUUUUGGAGAAAACUCCGUAUUUGUCAGAUCAGUAUUCAUUCAUUGGUUAAUUCAUGUAACAAAUAAAUAAGUCUGGGAUGGCAGUCAUACUUUCUAUUCAGAUUUCCUAACUUUGUGAAGUUUGAUUUUCUGUGUGUACAGUACUUUUGCUGCUUUUGAGAGGUAUGACAAAGUUUGCAUCUUAAAAACAAUGUUUUUGCUAAUCAGUCAGAAAUUUUAAAAAGUAAAUGUUAAGAGUUUAUUAAAAAUUAUAAUUAACUGCAUGUAAAAUGGUUCACCUAUAUGUAGUCAUGUAAGAUGUGUCUGAAAAAUUUCUUCCUUGAUUUUAUUUUUACACUGAAUAUAUUAUUUUAGGGAAGUGAAUGGUCAGCAUAAGUUUACUCGGCACCCAAAUAACCAUAAAGUUAUUUUAAAUUUAUAUUUCAUAAUGCCAGUGCUGGAGCAUUUUAAGUGAUCAUGAAUUUUCCUUAAUCAUUGCAGAAAGAUUACCUCGUAGUCAGUAUAGUUUUAGUUUUGUGUAUAUCUUACAGUAUUCAUAUUAUGCAAAUACUUGUGGUCCUCAUGUCACAUAUGAUAGCUUUGUUACCUGGAAUAUUUGAUUAAUGUAAAUAAGCUUUUUGAGUAAUUUGGAGGUUAACUGGAUCACACUUGGUAUAUGUUUUUGUUGAAAAUAUAUUGUUGGGUAUGCCAUAUAAAGGUUAGUAUUGACUUAUAAAUAUCAGAGAUUACCAUAGUACUUUUCUCCUCAGACUACUCACAUUCAAAUUAAAACAGUAUUUGUUAUUUCUGAGUCAGUAUAAGGUAUACUGACUUUUGAUUUGUAAUCAUUGGAGCUAUGUUAGUUUAAAUUGGUAUAUUUUCUUAAUGGUACCCAAUCAAUAUAAGUUGGUUCUUGGGAAUGAACAUGUAGAGGAUUUCACAGUAUAUAGGACAGCCCGUAGGUGAAUGUGUUUGCUUUGCCUUGGAGCUACUUAAGUUUAUUGUAAGAGAUUAGUAAAAGAUAUUUUUGUUAGUGUUAGAACUUUUUGGAGAGCUUAAGGGUUAUGAGAAUGCUUUUUUUUUUUUAAACAUUUCCAAAAUCUCUAAGAUACCAAAGCACUGAGUCUAAUUUGCCUUUUAGGGGAGACUCUUUAAAAUCAAAUUUAUAACUAAUUCAUACAAUAAGAUAUAUAAUAGCUAAAGUUUUGAAAUGAUUUGUAUUAAAAACCACUAGUCUUUAAAUUUUCUAGAUAUAAAAAAAUAUUUUGGCUUAAUUUCUUUUAAAGUAUUUAAAAUUAAUCACCUUAGCUCUACCAUAUACUAUAUCUGUGAUCUCUACAUAAUCACUUAAUCAUCUUUGGGCUUCCAUUGCCUUACAUAAAGGCAAUGUAACUUGCCUUUACAACAAUGUAACUUGUUCAGCCUACCUCACAGGGCUGUUGUGAGGAAUAAAAUGAAAUGGAGUAUAUGAAAUAGAUUCAACCACAGUAAAAUGCUAUGUAAAUAUGAAGUAUUACUUUUAGUUAAUAAUGGACAUAAGUGUUUGGAUACCUCUAGAUGCCAUUUACUUUGAUAAAGCAUGUGCUUAAAGUGGUAUCACCAGGACAUGAAACCUGAUUUUUUUUUUAAAGCCUGAUUAAAAUAUCCUUUAACAUUUUUAGUUUAUGCAUGACUUGUGGCCUUUUUUGUAUUUUCUCAUCAAGGUGUACUCUAUAUCAAGACUUCUAGAACUGUAAAAUUUCUCCCAUAGCAUUAACGUGUGUCAGAGUAGAAUAGUAGCAUAAAUAAAUGAUUUAAAGCUGUGUUUCCAUCCAGGCAUUUGCACUUUCAUGACUGCUCAAUGCCACAUGCAAAGACUGAAUUUGGCCUAAAUAAUUCUUUUGCAAAAUACCAGCUUUGGAUGGUUCAACAGUUUGUUGUCAUUGGAUAGAUGAUAUAAGGUGUAUGUGACCUUUUAAAACAUUUGAUAACUUUUGUUGCAUUAUCAUUUUUUAAAAUACAAUGAUGCAUUUCAAAACUCUGUUAACCUGGAUAUCAUUUAUUAUCUCUCCUAAAAUGUUUUGCUUUAAACUGAAUUAAGUGGCUUACAAAUUAUCUUGAUCCACAGAUUAUUUGGUUUUUCUAUCAUCUGGACAUGAUUUUGCUAUGCAGUUCUGAUAAUAAAAAUUCUAAUUCCUCAGGUUUAACGUUUAAGUUAAAGAUGAAGAACAUUAAUGAACUACUUACAAUGUACGCAGUGCUGAAAACUAGUGUUUUAUAAUAAGCAUUUUGCCUCAUUUUUUUUGGAAACAAGACAAAGCUUUUAAAAUGGUUUUUGAAAUUUCAAAAUAGAGUAUUCAAGGUAGAGUAACUUGUAUGUUGAAAUUAUUGUAUGUUCUGUAUAGAAUAACCAAAUUCUUAAAAAAAACACCUGGAAUAUCUCAUCUAAAAAUUAAACUUUUUUUUUCUUUC